CCACCCCUCCCUCGGGUAAGAAGCGAAGCGUGGGAACGGGAUGGGGGAGACGGAGCCGGAGGGAGCGCGGUGGCGGCUGCAAGGAGCGCACUGAGCUGGCACCAGGGAACCGCCACCCACUCGCUCAUUCACACGGACGGGAAGCGGAACUCGUCUCCCCCGUCCUAAUCUUUCUGUUUGGACUGGCAUCUGGAAGGUCCCGGCAGCAUGAAGCGGGCACACCCGGACUACAGCUCCUCCGACAGCGAGCUGGACGAACCCAUUGAAGUGGAGAAGGAGAGCGCGGACGAGAACGGAAAUUUGAGCUCUGCUCCGGGUUCAAUGUCACCAAACACCACUUCCCAGAUCUUGGCAAGAAAAAGACGUAGAGGCAUUAUUGAGAAGCGUCGGCGUGAUCGGAUCAACAAUAGCCUAUCUGAGUUGAGGAGGCUGGUGCCUAGUGCUUUUGAAAAGCAGGGCUCAGCCAAAUUGGAGAAAGCUGAAAUCUUGCAGAUGACAGUAGAUCAUCUGAAAAUGCUGCACACAGCAGGAGGGAAAG